AUGAGCGAAGUAAUGUUGACCGAGAACGACCAACGCAUCCUGGCCAUGGCCUGGCACUGCUUUACGGAGCUGCCAAAGGUCGACUACGCGAAACUUGCAGAGAUGGGAGGGUACAAGACGCCGGCGUCUGCUACGACUGCGUAUCUCAACGUCCGCAAAAAGGUGUUGGCCGGCGUUCCGCCACCUGCGGCUGGUGCUACGGUCAAGUCUACCGCAUCCGCGCCAUCCACGUCCAAGGCCGCUGGCAAGAAGCGGGCUGCCACUGAGACGCCAGGCGAGGGAAGCGCCAAGCGCGGUCGCAAAUCGAAGGCGGAAAUGCAAACAAUCGCCGUCGCCCAGGCUAAUGCUGAUGACGACGAGGCGGAGGACGUGAAGGAGACGACGGAGACCGUGAACAUCAAGGAGGCCACGACCAAGGAYGAAGACGACGCCGACGAUGAUGCGAAGGAUGGCAUCGCUGAGGUCAAGCCCGAGCAAAUUGAGGAGGCCUAG